AUGUCGUCGAAAAUUGAAAAGACGAUACAGCGACAAAGAGAAAAAAUCGCCGAAGGCCAAUACUACGAAGCCCACCAGCAGCUCCGCGUCAUAGCGUCGCGAUACACCAAAGCGCAAGACUGGGAAAAUGCAACCUCGAUCCUCUACUCUGGCGCGCAAUCACUCCUACAAGCAGGUCAAGGCGGCUCAGGCGGCGACCUCUGUACAUUCCUAUUGGAUGUGUUCAACAAGGGCGAGGUGAAGCCGGAUGCGAGUAGUAAGGGAAAGUUGCUGAGCUUAUUGAGGGCCUUCCCCAAGGAUGAGCCAACUAAGAAGAAGUUUGUGGGCGAGAUGGUAGCUUGGAGUAGUAAGUUUGGAGAGUAUCCGGCGGGUGAUCCUGAGAUUCAUCAUGUUGCGGGGAGCUUGUUCGCUGAAGACCUCGAGCCCUACGAUGCCGAACGACAUCUCCUCCUCGGCACCCAAGACUCCGCCUCGACUCUCUCCUCCAUCGAAUAUUCCUGGUACGAAGCCGACGACUCGCACACCGCCCCCCUAUACUGCGCCCGCGGCGUCCUACCCUACCUCCUAACCGGAAAUCUGCGCGCUGCAAACAAGUUCUUCCUACUCUUCACCUCCCAGCUAGCCAAAAAGCCCAAUCUCAGCACCCAGAACGUCUCCACCAAGUCCUCAGACCUACGCGUAUAUACUUCCCUACCACUACUCAACUUUCUAGGCCUGUUGUUACAAAGUGUAGAGAGAGGCGACCCGAGUUUAUAUCGCCAGUUGAAGAGCCAUUACGCGACGGAUCUGAGAGAGGUCAACUGGAGCGAGGCGUUAGAUCAGAUUGGCGAGAUGUACUUUGGGAUAAAGAUACCGCGGCAGGGCAACCCGAUGUUCGACAUGCUGGGCAGCAUGUUUGGAGGAGGAAUGGGAGGUGGCGGUGGCGGCAGUGCAAAGAAAACAAUCGGAGGGAGGGCCUCGGCGCCUGCUGCGUCAGGACUUGAUUGA